AUGAAUCUACAACUUCUGACGCUGUUACUCGUACUCAUCGCAUUCACAUUCUGUUACGUGAUUUGUACAAAAGUGGAACGUAUGCAACAUCCAGGAUUUCUCGAUGGAUCAUACGAUAAAGUCAAAAAGCAAUGGAUAACAAAACAUCAAGAGCAUAGGCCGAGACUGGUUAAUCAAUUAAGUAUCAAAGAGAAAGAAGUGAACAUCCUUCCUCGAUCAUCAACCAUGCAAGCUUUGAAAUUAAUAACACCUAGUGAUAUACCUCAUAAGGUACCGGAUGAUAGUGAUAAAUACAGCUUGAACGUGGAUGAUGUGGGUAAAAUUUGGAAUGUGGGAAAGGUACGGCAAUUAUUAUUCGAACCGAUUCGGAAGCAUACGAAGAGAGCUUAUGAUAGUGUACGAUCACAUAACUUGCCGAUUCCCGAACAUCGGAAUGGUCAAAUACGACAAUAUGAGGGAGAACGCAUGGAUAUUUUGGCAGUAAGAGAACGUAGAGAGAAAUAUCCGUUAAGAAAAAAGGAGAAAGUGGAUCCAAUGAAGUGUGCAGGACAGAGAGACGGUUUUUAUGAGGCUGGACCAUGCGAACGGUGGUAUUUAUCGUGUCGUAAUGGGAAAGCGAAAAGAAUAUUUUGUGCUGAUGGGAUGUAUUGGAAUAGUGAUAAAAGUCGAUGUGAACCAAAGAUCAAUAUUAUCUAUUGUCGACUGAAGUUUGACUGUACUGGAAAGAAUGAUGGUGUUUACGUCGAUGGCUGCUCGAAUGUUUUUUGGUUUUGUAACAGUGAGACAGCAUCACUUUCCAAGUGUCCAAAGGAUUUAUAUUUUAGCAUCAAUAAGCUAAGAUGCGAUCUCAAAGAAACGAUACCAGCAUGUGGAGGCAUCGAUCAAGAUGAAAUGAAGUCCAUUAAUUCUCAGGAAAAAAUUUCUAGGAAGUCAAGACAGAAUUCGAGAAAGCAAAUCACUCACAAGAUGUUGAAACCUCACCAGAAACAUGACAUUUGCGAAAAGCGAAAAGACGGAAAAUAUGCCAUUGGUAAAUGUUAUGAGAGAUUUCUUCUUUGCAUCGGUGGAAGAAGUUUAAUCGUUAAAUGCCAUAACGGUCAGUUGUACUCACCAGAAUAUCAGCAAUGUACGGAUGCUCGAAAUUUGCAGUUUUGUCGAGAUUUUAUGGAUCCGGAGACAACAACAGCUGAUAGAUAUUCUGUUUCAUGUUCUUCGCUCCCCGAUGGGAUCUAUGAGUUGGGAGAUUGUGAAAGAAAUUUUUCAAUUUGUCGUAAUGGAGUGGGAAGUAAUGCUUCAUGUGCCCCGGGUUUUAUCUACAACGGACAAACAGGACAUUGCAACUAUGAGUUCAGUGUUGAAAAGUGUUCAAAGUUCAAAAAAACCGAAGAAGCGCAUGAACAAAUAGCACAUACAGGAAUUGUCGAUAAGAUGACGGGAUCUUAUCGGAGGCAAAAUAUUUGUCGAAAGUGGGAAAAUGGCAUGUAUGCCAUUGCGAAAUGCUAUGAAAAAUAUCUUUUUUGUAUUGAUGGAAGAGGUCUUGUCGUUGUUUGCAGUCGUGGACAAUUGUUCUCACCUGAACAUCAACAGUGUAUGGAUGCCGGAAAGAUACCUUAUUGUGCUGAUUUAGCAAAUCCAGAAACAACCACCAUUACCGGAUAUUCAGCUCAGUGUUCUUCACUUCCCGAUGGGGUUUACGAACUAGGAAAUUGUGAACAGAAUUUUUUAAUUUGUUUUAAUGGAGAGGGAAGUACUGGUUCAUGUGAUCCGGAUUUUGUGUAUAAUGGGCAAACAGGGCACUGUGACUACAAGUUUAAAGUUGAAAAAUGCUUGAAGUAUAGGAAAAACAAACAAAGACGGGACAAGUCAGCUUUAUUAUACGAAAAUACAGACUGUCGUUGUAAGGGACAGAGAGAUGGUCUAUAUGCAGCAGGAUGUACGGAGAAAUUCUAUUCAUGCUCAAAUGGUAUUUCAACUGGACAUGAAUGUCCAGGGGAUUUAGUUUUCAACGUUGAUAGUGGUUUUUGCGAUUAUCCGAAGAAUGUUGUUGCUUGUGGUGGAUAUCGACCGAUGAUGAGCGAUGAAGUCGGCACUGAUGAAGGAGGAAUCACUUCCAACUUAGUUUCUGGAUGUUCAAUUUUGGAAGAUGGCAUUUAUGGCUUAUCACCUUGUGGUUCCGGAUAUUACCAUUGCUUGCGUGGUGCAACGUCUUUUGCAAAAUGUGCAUUUGAUUUGGUGUUCAAUCCUUCCGUAAAUCAAUGCGAUUUUAGGGAGAAUGUGCCUGGCUGUGCACAGUACAACGAGACAUCAGAUAAAAUCAAAAAACCGAUACAUAGUCUUGCGAUUAAACCCAUAGAAGAUGAUAUUUCAAAAUGUAAGAACUUAAGCGACGGUUUUUAUGUGGAGGGUUGUAGCAGAAUAUAUUAUGGCUGCGCAAAUGGCGAGACAUUUUAUAUGAAUUGUCCGUGGAAUCUCGCAUUCGAUUAUCGUAGUAGUAUUUGCGAUGAGCCAAAUAAUGUCGAAGCUUGCAAAAGUGAAGAAAUGCCAUCAUCAUUAUUUGACGGUACUGCGCCACUCAUGCCAAGUUGUACUGCUCUUUCAAAUGGCGCCUAUCAACUUGGUUCUUGCUUAGCGGAUUAUAUUAUAUGUCGAGAUGGCGUUACUAAUUUGGCCAGUUGUCCUGAUCCGUUGGUUUUUAAUUCAGACAAUUUGCGAUGUGCCUUGCGGUCUGACGUUGUCGCAUGCGGGAAAAUCAGUCAACCGAUUAAAAAUAAAUUAGAUGCCCAGUGUGCUGCUCGGCCAGAUGGGAUAUUUUCGUAUAAUUGUUCGAAAAACUUUUAUAUCUGUGCGAAAGGAAAAACGUAUUUGUUUACAUGCCCUGAUAGGAUGCUCUACAACAGUAAAUUUCGUCGAUGUGGAAAUUUCGCUGAAGCUCAGGCUUGUGUCCAAACUGAGUCUCCUAUAUGUAACUCACCUGGUGUGAUAAUGAAAAGCGAUGAUAAAUUUUGUGAUGGUCGUCCUGAUGCGAAUUAUGCAGCUGGAUUGUGUUCGAGAAUUUUCUUUUCAUGUGUUCACACGACAAAAGUGUUGAUGUCAUGUCCUGAAACACUUGUAUUUGAUGCAUCAAUCAAUCGAUGUGAAAAGCCAGAAAAUGUCGCAGAAUGCCGAAAUAAUUGUGUAUCCGAUGGGCAGGAUGUAGCAAAACAAUUGAUAACUUCUACAAUUAUACCAUUCUGUGUAGGACGAAAGGAUAACAUUUAUCCAUUGGGUUCUUGUUUGAGGAGCUAUUUGCAAUGUUACAAUCAGAAAGGAAUAGUGAAAUAUUGUCCAGAUGAUAUGAUCUUUAAUGGAACUCUUUCUGCUUGUGUUCCAAAAGAAGCUUGUAAUCGAGUAAUUACAUUACCACAUGUAGCACCUGGAAGUGUAGGAAAUGAUGAUGCUGAAAAUAAGCUAACUGAAGAAGAUACCAAAUAUCCACUGCCACGCUGUUAUAAAUUAGCGGAUGGUGACUAUUCGGCGGGUUGUGUUUCGGACUUCAUAACUUGCGUCGAUGGUUCUGAAAUCCGUAAGAAAUGUCCGAACUCAAUGGUAUUUUCGAAUGUUUUGCGUCGGUGCGUAUCUUACGACCAGUGCGCAUUUUUGAUGUACCGAGUAUUAGCUUCGUUUUAUCCAUCACAUAGACUGGACACUCAUAAAGAGUGGAUGAAACAAGAGAACGUUGUAAUUACACCAUCAAUUUCUAGUCCUGGACUGCCACCACGGGAAGCUAGUAGCUCAGAAAAUUGUAAAUCUCAAGUACAGUGCUUCGAUACACUCAAUGAAAAUGCCAUUAAUAUGCCAGUUUCUGGUGAAGACGUGAACCGUUGUGAAUAUGUUAGAAAACAGUGUAUCAAUGAAGCUAGUGAUAGUGGAAAGAUCAACCAAGUAUCAACCGAGGAAGCAGCAACAAUAGAAUCACACCCUGAAGAAGAAAAUAGGAUUCGAUUUUGUGUUCCAGAAGUAUCUGGAAACCGGAUAGAUUCAAUCAGAUGUGAUAACAUGGAUGAUGGACUAUAUGCAUUGGAUUGUUCGGAUAAAGUUGCUAUUUGUAGUGGUAGUUGGAAAAAAAUUUAUGAAUGUCCACAGGGACAGUUCUUCAUUCCGGCACUCGCAAAAUGUGAUGAAUCUUGGAAAUGCACUGAAAAGAAUUCGUGUGGAUCGGACUUUGUUGGUGUAGUUUAUUUAGGAAAAGUUGAAUUAGUUACACCAUCGAUUUCACCUCUUUCAAUUGGUGAUUUUUCAUGCGCAAAUAAAGAAGACGGAAAUUAUGGAAGGCAAUGUUCACCAAUAUACAUUAAAUGUGUCCAACAAAUACCAAUUUUAAUGAGAUGCCAAACAGGGCGACUUUUCGACCAACGUUCUAGUCAUUGCAUAUCUUUGGAUCGUUGUUCUAUGUUAUCCACUACUCUUGAUAUUGGCAAGGUUCGAUGCGUUGAAAAUGAACGUUUUGGAAUUGGCGAAUGUAAUGAUUACUAUUACACAUGUUCAAAUGGCAAAUUUGUCCUUUACAAAUGUCCUCCUGGUCAUAUUUUUGAUAUUGUUCAUGGAGUUUGCGGCUCGAAAUGUGAACUUUGUGGAUGCCAAGCUGAUGGUUUUACGAGUACAUCGCCAUGUAAUCCUGGUGAAGUUGUCCCUCUCGGGCCUUGUGAGAAUACGUACUUGGAAUGCAGCACACAUCAAACCUUCGAAUUGAGACGUUGCAUGAAUCGUGUGCAUGAUUCAUUUAAGCAUCCAUUACAAUUAAAUCCGUACUUAACACGAAACAAGUACGAUAGAAAUCGGCAUAGGUUGAAGUUGCCGUAUACAAAAUCCAUCAGAAUUACUCCAUACAGAAUUCCGAAUAUCUUUUUUGGCACGUUUCGAACUCCAUCACGCAAUAUAUUUAUUCCGCAGAUGACUGGAGCUGGUCAGCUGAGAAACGUUAAAGACACUUUCCGCGUUAUUCCAACUUUGCUCGGAAACGUUCCGAACAUGCGAACUAUGGGAAUUAUUGAUCAGUUUCAUUUGCCUGGUAAUCUUCCGAUGUAUUCUUUUGGAGCUUCACGAGCUCUUAUUUCGCAUGGUUCAACAGUGAAAUUGGAUUCUGAUGGGACCACCAAUAGAAAUGGAGCAGUAGAUAGUCUAGAAGGUAGUGGUGAAGGUGACAAUACAUCUGCAGUAACCGAUAAUAGUCGCGUGAAGCGUGAUAUAUUAUUUGAUACUGAGCUUUCUGAAAGGGAAAUCGAAUUAAAAACAGGAUUGGAAAAGAAAUGGGAAGCAGAGUUGGAUACGGAAUUGGAGGAUGGUUAUUUCGGAAGCGAACCAAGUCUCUGUCCUAAAACACAUUCAUCCAAUAUUACGUUAGGUGUUUGUCAUCCGAGUUACAUCUUUUGCAAUGGGAAGGAAAAUUUCGCUUAUCUGGUAGACUGCAACGAUGGAGAGCUGUUCGAUAACAGAUUAAAACAAUGUAUCCCUGCAACAGAUUGUAUAUUAAGAGCACAUCGUCAGAGUGAUGUAAAUGAAAAAACCCCAUGCACUCUAUUGUCGGAUGGUUCUUACGCUUUGCCAGGUUGUAAUAAGUAUUUUCUUUCCUGUGUAUCCAACAAAACAUUGUUAAGAAGCUGCGUAGAUGGAUUAUAUUAUGAUGGAAAUAAACAGCAAUGCGACUAUAAAGAACGUGUAUCAAGUUGCAAUGACCAUUCAAAUCUUGAAAACGUAAUAAAAGAGGCAAAAAUUGCGAUGCCAAAUGCUGAUCUUGAAGUAUUCUCCACGUUACCAAACUUUACAUGCUCAAUUAAUAGUACCGUAUCUCUUGGAUGUUCGCCCUCUUUUGUUAUAUGUGCUGGCGGUACCGCCUAUGUAUUCAUUUGUGACGGCGAUCUUGUUUUCGAUCAGGCAAAGAAUCCAAUUAUCAAAUUUUCAAUUUUUUUUCUGUUUGAGUUUUGUAUGAUUAAUAAUAUAACAAGCUCAUGUAACAGGAUAGAGGAUACUGCAGAAUGUGAUGAACAAGAUGGCGAGCAAAAGAUAUUCUCAGUGACCAAUGAAUUCAGUUCCCCUUCGCCAUUGACAGGAUUCGAUGAUUUACCUCAUACGUCAGUGAAUUUGACUAAGGUUUCAUAUGAUGCUUCCAGUUUUGAUUGUAUGAUUGCUGCUGAUGGAUUGUAUGCUUCUAAAUGCUCACCACUUUUCUUCGUUUGUUCCGCUGGUCAUAUAACUGGAUUCGUAUGCCAGGAUGAAUUACUUUUCAAUGUCGAAACAGGAUUUUGUGAUCAGAAAGAAUAUGUUGCAUCUUGUGAAGAAACUGAUAUCGUGAAUUUUUCCACUACAUCCUCCUUUAUCACUGAAAAAUCGCUGGAACCAAAUUUUAUCACCGCUCAAUUAUCUGAUCAUUCAACGAAGUUCGUCCUGUGUGUUAACGGUGAAGGUCAUUUAUUCUUUUGUCAACAGGACCUCGUGUAUAAUAUCAACAACAAUCGUUGUGAUCAUCCACGAAAUGUUGCUGCUUGUGGUAACAAAGCUGGAAUUUCGUUCAGAAAAAGGGCGUACGAAACAUCUCAUUUCGAGAAUGAUUCGAUCUCCAAUUUUCAUGUUGUGGAUUUGCGAGCAGUUGGUUCUUCAAAUCAUACGAUGCAAAUGUAUUGCAAUGCAUCACAAAGUCAAACUGCGGCAUAUGAGCAUUGUCGAAGAGACUAUAUUUUCUGUACGCAGUCUGGAACUCUUCGUAAGUCGUACUGCACAAAUGGCUACUUGUUUGAUGGAGAUGUUGGACGCUGUGUUCCAGCAGAAGUUUGUGGAAUAGUUGAUGAUGCUAUUGGUGAAUCUAUGUCAUUAGCAAAGGAAAAAUGUGAUGAUACAAUAGAUGGUAUUUCAAAGGGGAUCGGCCUAUGUUUAAGUGAAUAUUACGUAUGCAAGAAGGGUGUUCCGAUUCUCAGACGUUGCUUUAAACAUUUGGAGACAUUUUCUGCAACUGCUGGUACAUGCGUAGCACGUUCGCUGAAUCCUGAAUGUCUGCAAACAUCGGAUGUACUAACCGAUAGAAUCGAGAAACUCAACGAUACCGACGACUUUUGUAUUCAUCGACCAGAUGGGUUAUACCGGCAUCCUACAGACUGUACAAGGAUCUUACAGUGUUUUGGAAAGGAGAUGUUUGAACACCUGCCAUGUAGUGAUGGACUUGUUUUUAAUGAAAUAUCCGGUGGCUGUGAUUAUAAAAGCAAUGUGCCGGAGUGUGCCGCUGCUUCUGAGAAAUCCGAGGAAGGUAAUGAUCCGUUGUUAUCAAAUGGUUCAAACUGUGAGGGAAAUUCUCAUGGCGAGCAUUUGGCAGAUGAGAAAGACUGCUCUGUGUUCUAUCGAUGUGUAUGGGGCAAAUUGGAAAAACUUUUUUGCCCAGAGCAUACUGUUUUUAACCCGGCACUCAGUGUAUGUGACUUCCCUAGUGCGGUACCAUAUUGUAAAGUUACUGUGUGA